ACGAGACCGGCGCUCGCAGUCGGGCAUUUGGCACCAGCGCGGGAGGAGGAGGAGGACUAAGAGGAGUUUGGGAGGACAGCGGCUCUCUUUUGGACCCGGCACCCAGCAUUUGGAAGGCUUGAAUCUCCCCUGGCGUUGGCUCUCUAAGGGAAUCUCGCCCACCCCGCUGAUCCUGAUCAACGGUUCUGCCAAAAUGCUCCUCUUGUUGUUGGUAAUCAUUGUGCUCCAUGUUGCUGUGCUUGUCCUUCUCUUCGUUUCUACAAUUGUCAACCAAUGGCUUGUAGGGAAUGGUUCCAUAGCAGAUCUUUGGCAAAACUGCACUAUACAUGGGUCCCCAAGUUCAUUUCGUUGUCUCACAUCAUCCACAAAUGAAUGGCUGCAGUCUGUCCAAGCCUUGAUGAUCCUUUCCAUCAUCUUCAGUGUUUUGUCUCUGUUCCUGUUCUUCUGCCAGCUGUUCACUCUCACUAAGGGUGGAAGAUUCUACCUUACUGGCAUUUUCCAGAUCCUUGCUGGCCUAUGUGUGAUGAGUGGGGCUGCCAUCUACACAGUGAGGUAUCCAGAAUGGCAUUCCCACGAAGAGAACCUGUCCUAUGGCUUCACAUACUUCCUGUCCUGGGUGGCCUUCCCACUGGCUGUCGUCAGUGGGGUGAUCUAUGUCAUCUUGAGGAAGCGUGAAUGAAGUGUUGGAGUUGAAGCCACUGAACCCAGCGGCAAUUGGGACAAGGGGGCACUGAGAGGAUAGAAAGUGGAAGGAGAAACAAAAGAAGGAAGUUAACCAAAAAGAACAAAAUCAAAACCCACCACACCAGAUGCAUCAAAUCCAUCCCUUCAAUCACCCAAACCCACCCACCCACCCAAAAUCCAAUGAGAAAGUAAGGAAGGAAAGAAACCAAACUGAAAGAAGGGUUACUGUGUUUAUUGAAGAUGUAUAUAGUAUCUAUGGUUUUAAAAAACCUAUUUAUAACACUUUUUACAUAUAUGUACAUAGUACUGUUUGCUUUUGUUUGUUGACCUGCCGCCAUGUUUAAAGCCUAAAGAAAGUGCCUAAGAACUUUUACACUCUAACAGUUUUAUUAGGGUCCUGGGUUCUACCCAACCCCCCUAAACACACACAUUCAUAACCCCUUCUGCCACGGAAGCUGAUGGACUCCUCCUCCAAAGUUUUCUACUUUGAACCCCAAGCCAAAUACAGAUGGGUGGCAGAAAAGGUAUGAUGUGGCAUGCAUUGCACUGAUGUUAGCCAGUACCCUUGAAUACUCACAUUAGGUUGCCCAUGGUGACGCCAAAAUGUAGAAAUGAGAAGGAUGUCUACCUUCUAAUUCUCUUGGGACGAUGGCUAAGAUGGGGUUAAGUAUGUAAAGUGCAGUCCCAUCUGUGUAUCUUAAAGCUGGAUACUGGUGCCAUCGAUUUCCUGUGUAAAAUCCCCUUUGUACUCCUUAGAGGAAUGCCAACAUUUGUUAAUUGCCAGUUUUUUUUAGAAGUCAAGACCUGGAAGCUCUAGAGUUUAUUUGCAUAUGGUGAGUGACUCCUGUUGGAUAUUCACAUACUUUUUUUUUAAAUGGCCAGGGUCAUUUUAAGCUAAAGCUAAGGAAGAAGGAAGAAACACUUAGGUGGGAUAAGGGAAAAGAAGUUUGUCUAACUGGUUUAUAUAACAAUAAUUCCGGUAAUUCAUCCAGUUCAGAAAUGGUAGCCAAUAACCUUUAUAAAGAGUUUCUCCUUAUGUUCCUUGAAAAUAAGCUAAAGUAGAAUAAAUGAAUGAAGCCUUCUAAGUUCCUCACCUACACUUUCCUGCUUCCCCCUUCCCUCAACAAAAUAGAAUACCAAAUCUGUGAAACGGUGCUAUCUGUUUACCAUUCCUUGUAUUGCUAAGCCAUUUAACCUUUACUCACUGGAAAGUCAAAUAAUAAUUUUGAAAUAAACCAAGAAAUAGGAAUGAUAAAUAAUUCUGUGUAAUAUAUAUAGCUUAUAACUGCUUUUGUACUUAGGAAAGUUGCUAUCAAUAUUAUUAUUUUUUUAACAAAGCAUUUAUAACCAAGGUAUUUCUUUCUACCCCUUCACCCCUCCCCUUCUCACAGACAGGAGGGAAGUAACCAAACCUUCCAGACCCCUAUAGGAUUCUACCCCAAUGCUCUGUAACCCUUUUCUGUGCUUCCAGAAGUGUGUCUGGCAAUGAAAUGUACUGGCAGCCGUAUUAUUAGAUGUGCAAGCGGUGCCUUCUGAUGCUAAGACUCCAGACAUUAUUAUGCAAUUAUUUUGCUUUGCUUUUCUGAUUUUAUACCAACUGUGUGGACUAAGAAGCAACAAAAUAAAAUCCAGAAUGACUCCAA